AUGCAUCACCAUAGCGAUCUGUGUCGACGCAAGAAAAUUAAAUGCGACGGCUUAACACCGGUUUGCAGCAACUGUCAAGCGUUCACUUUGGAAUGCACGUAUAAAGAUACGACGAAAAAGAGAGGCCCGCCCAAAGGUUACAUUGAAGCCAUUGAGAAUCGACUCCAUAAACUCGAG